AUGGCGGCCUCGAAUAACUUGCGCCCGUCAACGGAUGAGGCCCAGUCCCAGUCUCAUCAACCAAGUGAAUUCGAACUCCGACGUGCUGCUCUGAUUGGCGAGAUUGGAGAGUCCUUGGAACAAGUCCUCACACAGAUGAACGCGCUGAAUCGCAGCCUCGAAGGCAUCAUCGAAAUCGGAAACGAAUUCUCCAGCGUCGAGGCGCUAUGGAGCCAAUUCGAGACAGUCAUGGGCAGAUCGCCGGCGGGCGACGAGAACGACACAAGCAACAACAACAACGCAAUUGAAUCUGUGGACACGGCUGCUGGGAGUGGAGAAGGCAGGCAUGGGAAGUGA